AUGGCCAAAGCACCGUCUAUCGAGGUGAACAAGCUCACCUACUCGUUCGCCGACUCCUCGCUCGGCGUGCACGACAUUUCGCUGUCAGUGCCGCCGCGCUCGCGCACGCUGCUCAUCGGCGCCAACGGCGCGGGCAAGACGACGCUCCUGCGGCUGCUGGCGGGCAAGCGGCUGGCGCCGUCGGGGGCGAUCUCGGUGUCGGGCGUGGACCCGUUCAAGGACGGGCUCGAGGGCGUGACGUACCUGGGGCUGGAGUGGGUGCUGAACCCGAUCGUGCGGACGGACAUCGGCGUGGUGGAGCUGCUGCGCUCCGUGGGCGGCGACGCGUACCCGGAGCGCCGCGACGAGCUGGUCGAGGUGCUCGACAUCGACACCAACUGGCGCAUGAGCGCCGUCUCGGACGGCGAGCGCCGCCGCGUCCAGCUGGCCAUGGGCCUCAUCCGCCCCUGGACCGUCCUGCUGCUCGACGAGAUCACCGUCGACCUCGACGUGCUCUCCCGCGCCGAGUUCCUCGCCUGGCUCAAGCGCGAGACAGAGACGCGUGAGUGCACCAUCGUCUACGCCACGCACAUCCUCGACAACCUCGCCGGCUGGCCCACCCACCUCGUGCAUAUGCACAUGGGCGGCGUGCGCGAGUGGGACACCACCGACAAGUUCCUCAGCAAGCUCGAGGGUGACACCGGCAACUCGCGCCUCGGAGAGCUGGUCCUGGGCUGGCUGCGGGACGACCUGAAGGCGAGGGGCCCGCGGAGCCAGAACCGCCGCGGUCCGGAGGGUAAGACGUACGGGUAUGGUGGCGCGGAGUUGGGUGGGUACGGACUGGAGACCAAGACGAAGGAGUAA